UACCUUUAUGAAACCAUUCAUAAAAUAAUGCUGGUCAUUGUCGCUGUCAAAUAUUCGAUUUUAACCAUGGCUCCAACUAUUGUUCUCAUCACCGGUACGACCCGUGGUAUUGGAAAAGGCUUGCUGGAGCUAUAUCUCAAGAGGCCGAACCAUAUCAUCAUUGUGGGAAAUCGUGACCCUAGUGACCCGAAAUCUACCAUUCUACACGACCUCCCCAAGGCCGAAGGGACCACUUUAGACAUCGUGAAAAUUGACUCGACCUCGCCCACAGACGCCGCGACAGCUGCGGAUGCGCUCGCUGCCAAAUUUGGUCAUAUUGACAUUCUCAUCGCCAAUUCAGGAAUCGCCAACCUUUUCCCCAAAUUUGUAGAGGUAACAAUCGAAGAUAUUAAGCCUCACAUUGAGGUCAAUUACUUCGGUUUCAUCCGUCUUUAUCAAGCCUUUCGACUCCUGCUCAAAAAGGCAAAAGAUCCUAGAUGGGUGACCAUUGGGUCAAGUGCAGCAUUUCUAACCAACUUUGGCUCUCACCCAAAUGCUGCAUAUGGUCCUACAAAAGCCGUUCAGCACUGGUAUACCAAAGCAAUAUCCUUCGAAGAUCCUUGGCUGAACGCUUUUCCUGUCGACCCUGGUUGGGUACAAACAGACCUUGGAGGGCCACAGGCCCCUCUCACAGUAGCGUUCAGCACUGCUAAAUUGCUCAAUGUUAUCGACACCUCCACUCGCGAGACACACAGUGGAAAGAUGUGGAGUUAUGAUGGUAGUGAGGUGCCUUGGUGAAUGAAGCUGGGAGAAGUACUGGUAGGUAUUCUAGUACAUACAAAGAUAUAAAGAGAGC